AUGCCGAGUGGAUACCGUAUCAGUCAGCUGAUGUCCACGAUAUAUGACGGAACGUCGCGGAAUGCCAUAUCCGGUGGGCGAGUGGGGUCCCGCGCUGCCCACGUCCGUGACGGACGCGUGGAAACCGCAAAGUCCACUAUCUCCUUAUAUCAGCGAAGGAAAUUGGGAAAGAAAAUAUCAUCGCUAUCACCCAUCAUCAUCCAAAAAACUAUUAAAGGAUGCCUUGGUACUGCCAAAUCCGUCAAGCCCUUGAGAUUGGGAGACCUCCUUGUUGAGGUUUUCCGCAAGCAGCAGGCGGAUAAUCUCCUGAAGUUGUCGGAAUUUUCUGGGAUCGGUGUCCAUGUUAGGGCCCAUCAGUCCCUCAAUUUCAGCAAGGGGGUAAUCAGAUGCACUGCCUUGCAGAACGACACUGACGCAGAGAUUCUGCAAUACUUCAAGUCGGAGAAUAUCCCGAUCUCAGAGGUGAGGCGGAUCAAAAUAAAACGACAGACAGUAAAAACCAAUACUUUCGUCCACACGUUCGCAGUGCCAAACCUUCCUUCAUCGGUAAUGGUAGGUUACAUGAGAUGUAACGUCUUGCCCUACAUACCGAAUCCUCUACGAUGUCGUAACUGCCAAAGAUACGGCCAUCAUGAGGACAGAUGCAGGCGAAGGGAGGUUUGCGAACACUGCGGACGAGAGGGCCAUAACGACACGGAUAGCUGUGAUGUCACCGGCAAACUUUGUCCAAAUUGCAAGGGCAACCACGCGGCGUCAUCUCGAGACUGCCUUUCCUGGAAGAAGGAAAGGGAAGUUCUGCGGGUAAAGUAUACCCGUAACAUUUCCUUCCCUGACGCCAGGAGGGUGGUCAAGAGUAAUGACCCCGCUGCGUUGUCAUAUGCAUCUGUAACAAAAUCAAAAACGCAACAAAACACAAUCACUGUUAGCGAUGCAAAGUUACAAGCCUACUUUGACAAGCCAGCUUUCGGUGCGGAGGUACCACCUUUGAUGGACGAAAGGAAUGACAAGAUUCUUUUCGGUUUGGCAUCCCGUUUCAAGUCAGGAAGGGUAGCGUCUAAGACCACCUCAACAUCAGCUAGACCUUCCAAGUCUGACGAUCAAGACCAAUAUGCCAGCACCUCCAGCACAUACACCUGCACGCCAUGUAACUCAAACAUCGAAGCCGAGGGUCACCCACCACAGCCGGACUGUAUCACAGCCGUCAGACCUUAA